AUGAUCGACAUAUUCAGUUCUUCUUUGCUUGAUAAUAUCUACCAACAAGCAAAUCCUCCUCAACAAAUAGAAUUAAAUACGGAAUGUGAAUUAAAGUUGAGGAAGGUGAUCAAAAAGGCAAUAAAAGAAUCGCGUUGCAGUGCCAUAAAAUUGCUGUUAACGGAACUUACAAAUGAUCAAAUUUUGAAUGUGAACUUGGGUUGCAUGUUCUUGGAAUGCCUUAAGAAAUUGCCAACCACAAAGAUUAAAAAUGAGCCGAGCGAAACAACUUUGAUUACAAAUUAUCUUGACCACAUUAUGAGAGGAAUGUAA